AUGCGUGCAAGUUCCAUUGAUAUUCAUCCGAAUGCAAAAUGGUCACAGAAUGGUAUCACUGUUGCUGGAGGAAAUGGGAAUGGCAGUGAAACCAAUCAACUCAACUCUCCAUAUGGUUUGUACGUCGACGAUGAUCAGACGAUUUAUGUCGCUGAUUGUGAAAAUCACCGUAUUGUGAAAUGGAAAUCUGGUGCAACGAAUGGAAAAGUAGUUGCUGGUGGAAAUGGAUUUGGAAAUGGGGCUCAUCAAUUAAAUACCCCAUUUGAUGUAAUUAUCGACAAAGAGAGUGAUAGUCUCAUCAUCAGCGAUUACGGGAAUAGAAGAGUAGUUCGAUGGCCUCGUCGAAAUGGUACUCGUGGAGAAACAAUUAUUUCGAAUGUCUCUUGCUUCGGUUUGACAAUGGACGACAAUGGUUAUCUCUAUGUCGUUGAUGGUAGAAAACAUGAAGUGAGACGAUAUAAAAUUGGUGACACUAAAGGAACAGUGGUUGCAGGUGGCAAUGGAGAUGGAAAUCGUCCCGAUCAACUCUACUAUCCCCACUGCGUAUUUGUCGAUCGAGAUCAUUCAGUUUAUGUGUCUGAUUCUGGAAAUUGUCGUAUCAUGAAAUGGGAAGAAGGUGCAAAACAAGGCAUUAUCGUAGCCGGUGAUCAAAGACAAGGAAAUAGUCUUACACAAUUAGAUUGUCCUCAAGCAGUCGUUGUCGAUCAAUUGGAUACUGUCUAUGUGGUUGAUCGAGACAAUCAUCGAAUCAUGCGUUGGCCAAAAGGAGCCACACAGGGAAGUGUGAUUGUUGGUGGAAACGGUAAAGGAGCACAGUCGAAUCAACUAAAUGUUCCCAUAGGUUUAUCAUUUGAUCGACAUGGUAAUCUCUAUGUCGUCGAUUUCGGAAAUCAUCGAGUACAAAAGUUUAAUAUCGAAUGA